AUGUAUCUGAAUAAUUUAGAAUUUUAUAGUGGAAGUGGAUAUAAACUAUCGGGAUUUAUAAAAAAGUGGAAGGAAAAACUUUUGGUGUUUGAUUUAAAUUCUAGGGUAGUUUUAAUGAUAUUUUCAGAUUUUAUAAAUAUAAGAUGUGAAGAGUCAAAGUUAAAAAUAAAUUGAUAUUUCAAAUUACAACAUUAAGUAAUUGGGAAAGUAUUAAGAGAAAUGGUCAUUAAAACUAUCAAAUGCAUAAAAUGAAUUUAAGUUUGGAUGGAAUAAUGAAAAAGAUUGUUAAUAAUGGGUUGAUUGUUUCACAGGUGAAUGGAAGAGAUAAUAAGAGUAAUUAAGAUUUUUGGAGGAAUUUGAUAAAUCUCAUCCUGAAGUUGAACCUUAUAUAGAAAAAUAACCAUUAGUGUUUCGACCAAAACCAAGUUUAAUGUCUCGUGAUAAGAUUGAAAAUAUGAUUCCUCAUUUGCCAUAGUUUAUUUAAGUAAAGAAAAAGAAUAAAAAAUUAGAAAGAUAUGGAGAUUCUAUUGUAAAAUACAUUUGAGAAUUUGGAUGGAUUUAGUGAUAUUUAAAAUUUUAAGCAGAUUUUGGAUUAAGAAAAUGCAAAAUUGUAUCAAGACCCAAAUGAUAAUUUGCACAUGAAAUUAGUAUAUUAUUCAAAGAUAGAACCUAGAAGGAUUUAUGAUGUAAUAAAAAUAUGUAUAUAAUUUAUAAUAGGAACAUGUAAUGCCAUCCACAUAAAGUUGGUUGCCUGAUGUAAUUAAGCAAUUUUAAGUAUUUCCAACUAAGAAGGGAUGUAGUUUGGUAUAUUUAGAAUUUGAGUUUAAAGAUUAUGUAAUACGUAGAUAGCAUAGUUAAUAAGACGAAGAAGUAUAAGAAGAUUAGAAUCCUAGUUAAUUUUAUUUAUCACAUUCAUUAAAUUAAAAUGAGUAAGAGGAAAACAAUAAAAUAAGAAUAGUAUUUACUUAAAAAGGAUUUGAAAAAGAUGGUAUCUAUUGUAUAUUUCGUAAAUAUACAGGGUAGGAAAUGUUUCAUGAUUAAAUUGAUAGAAACUUAGCUAAUAAAUUAGAUAAAUAUAAGAUAACAAGAUCUGCUCUCGUUGUUUAACCAUCAAAGUAUUAAAAUUGAUAUUAUUUAGCAAGUAGGAGUUUAAAAGUUUAUUAAUUGAAGAAAUAUAUGUAGAUUGUAAAGAUUAGGAUGCUGGUGAAAAAUUAUUAAAAAUUUUAUUGUUAAACAUUACAUCUUCGGAUAGAAAUUUAAUGUAAAUUUAAUAAGAAAUAUAACAAAUAACAGAGAAUGUAGAAGUUAAGAAUGUUGAACUAUUUGAGACUAUAUAGAUUUCAAUAAAAUUAACUGAAUCUGAAAUAUAAAGAAUAACAUCAGAAUAGCAUUAAAAUUAAUCAAAGUAAGAAUUUUAAAAGUUGAUUGAAAAGGUUGAAAAUGGAGAAUAUAUUUUAGAUGCAAUAUAAUAAUAUUCAGAUUAAAUAAUUGUAUCUGGUUUAGAUAAGUAACUUUAAACAAAUGAUGAAGAAGGUCAUUUCUUAUAUACUAAAUUUUAUAGAGUAGAUAAUACAAAAGGUGGUUUAACUUAUCAUAAUGAAAAGUUAUUAAAAGAUUAAAGAUCUGUUCUAUUAAAUAUGAUUAAAAGAAUGGGUUCUAAUCUUAUUUAAGGAAAGUCUGUAAUGUCUGUUUCUUUACCUAUUUAAAUAUUUGAAAGUAGAUCAUUUUUAGAGAGAAUGGCUAGAGCAUAAGGACAUGCUCCUUUAUUUUUAGAAUCUGCAGCAAAAUGUAAUGAUCCUCUAUAAUAAAUGAAAUAAACAAUUGCAUUCCAUAUGGCAAGUUUUAUGAUGGGAAUUCAAUAAGAAAAACCAUUUAAUCCAAUAUUGGGAGAAACAUUUUAAGGUAGAAUACUUGGCUGUCCAAUUUAUUUAGAGUAGACAUCUCAUCAUCCACCUAUAUCUAAUUAUAUUAUGUAUGGAAGAGAUUAUAAAUUAUAUGGAUCUUUUAGUCCUAUAGUUAAUAUGGGUUAUAAUAGUCUCUCAGGAGAAUAACAUGGUCAUUCUAUUGUACAUUUCUAAAAUACUAAUUUAAAAUUUUAUUACAUUAAUUAACCGUUUACGGUUUAUAAUAUUAUAACUGGAUAAAGAAAUGUCAAUUGUCAUAAACGCAGUUUCUGCUUUUAACCGGAACUUUAAUUGUGUGCUGUGAUCUAAUUUAACCCUAAAGAUUAAAACAAAAGUUUUUUUUCAAGAUAGAUCACUCCAAUAGAUUAUUUCUUGGGAAAGAUUUAUAAAGUAUCUCCUAUGUUUAUAUAACGAUGCAAAAUGGCACAUAAAACUGGAUCAGGAUUGAAUUUGAAACUAAAAAUUAAUAAAGAAGAAAUUCUAGAAACUUAUGAUUAAAUUAGUGGAAGAUGGACAUCUCAUUUGGACAUUAACAACUUAAGAUUUUGGGAUAUUAAUAUACAUAGGUAUUUACUAUUAUUAAUCUACUUAAUGAUAGACCCUAUGUGUUAGAAUUAGAGUCAAGACCUUUACCUUCUGAUUGUUUAUAUAGAUUAGAUUUAUUACUCAUGAAAAUGAAGGAUAUACAAAGAGCUUAAGAUAUGAAAGAGAAAAUGGAAGUAGACUAAAGAAAAGAUUAAAAAUUAAGGUAAAAAAGAUGA